AUGGCUGUUUCGGCCUCAUGGGUCGAGAAAGCACACCAUCGGAAGGAACCUCACCCCUUCAUCCUGGCGACGUUCAUGACGAAAUACGCCUCCUAUGGCAAUGCACAUGUCGAGCGUUCGAGCAAAGCCCGUCAUGAUGUCAGCGAGUGUUUUGAGGAGGGGCUCCUUGCGCGUCAUUGUGUGACCCACUUCACUGCCCAUAUUUGCCUUCAGCAAGGGCCAGUCUAG